AUGGAGGACGCCAUUCAGACAGUGGUCAAGGUCUUCCUGAAAUUCUGCAAAGGGAAGGAGAGUUUGGGAUCUAAAGACUUCCAGAACCUGGUCAAGAGCCAAUUCAGCAACAUCCUAUCGGACACGGACAGCAAGGAGGCUAUCCAGAACAUGGGCAAAGGCUUGGACUCAAACAAGGACGGUAAAGUGGGCUUCGAGGAGUACAUGAAGCUAGUGGGCUACUUAGCUACCUCCGUUAGCGAGCAGCGUUGCCGCGCCAACGACGGCCAGCCCGCCCAGAACGCCACCGCUGACAACGCCGCGCCGGCGAACGCCGCGCCGGCGAACGCCGCUCCCAAAACCGAAACCAAUGAAGCCAAGCCGGAGGCAGAGGCGAAUGAAACGGAGGUGAAGCUGGAAGCCAAAAAGGAGGAUGAGAAAAAGCCUGUUGAGGUGACCUUACCCGGUAUGAAAGUGACCUCAUCGGGCGUGGAGGUGACCCCACCGAGUGUUGACGUGACUACGUCGAGCGUGGAUGUGACACCGCCUAGCGUCGAUGUGACCCCGCCUAGUGUCGAUGUGACCCCGCCUAGCGUUGAUGUGACCGCGGCAAGCGUUGAUGUGACCCCACCGAGUGUGGAGGUGACAACCUCCAGUGUGGAAGUGGUGGUGAAGGAGGAAACCCCCGUGGCGGAGGAGACGGAAAAGAUCGCCGGAGAAGCGGCUGAGAAGUUGGCCGAUGCGGCCCAGGGGGACGCCGAGAAGAAGCCUGAAGAUUCUGCUGCCUCGUAG